CCGAUGUGAUCUCCCAACAAUUUCGACGAAGCUCUCUCCUUCUGUGUCUCCUCCUAUACACGUCUUGCCUGACUAUAUGAACAGUUGAAAAACUCUAAAAAUCUUUCCGAAGAAUCAUUAGGUAUCUGCGCAGGACAAUCUGGUGAUAAACAAAACAUGAACAUCUUCUCCAAGAAACCCACCGCCAAAGAGGCGCUUCGAGAGAAUAAGCGCGAAAUGGCGACUGCUACCCGAGGUAUAGAAAGGGAGAUUACCACAUUGCAAUCAGAGGAAAAGAAGCUCAUUGCUGAGAUAAAGAGAACUGCUAAAACAGGAAAUGAGGCUGCAACUAAAGUUUUAGCACGUCAGCUGGUCAGGCUUAGACAACAAAUAGCGAAGUUACAAGCUAGUCGAGCUCAAAUGAGAGGUAUAGCAACCCACACCCAGGCAGUCUCUGCCCAAUCUUCAGUUGCUGUUGGCAUGAAAGGUGCCAGUCAGGCGAUGGCGGCUAUGAAUAAGCAAAUGGACCCUGCAAAGCAGGCAAAGGUGAUGCAAGAAUUCCAGAAGCAAUCAGCGCAAAUGGAUAUGACUACUGAGAUGAUGUCAGAUGCCAUAGAUGAUUCUUUGGAUGAUGAUGAAGCUGAAGAGGAAACUGACGAGCUGACAAACCAGGUGUUAGAUGAAAUUGGCGUUGAUGUUGCUUCACAGUUGUCAGCAGCUCCCAAAGGAAAGAUUGCUGGGAAGAAGACCGAGGAUGUUAGCAGUUCGGGCAUUGAUGAUCUGGAGCAGAGGUUGGCAGCCCUUAGAAAUCCUUGAGCUGAAGUCUGCGAAGUCGUGUGUUCUUCCCGAGUUGAUAAUUGGUGCUCCUCCCCCUCCCCCUCCCCACAAUUUGAUUUUCUUUGCAUGUAUACGUUGUACAUAAUUUACCCUAUUAUUUAUGUCAUUGGCUGGUCACUGACCUUAUUUUGUGGUUCCUUGAGACCAUUUAUUUGGUGAGAGAGAUGCAAAUCUAGCUCACUUAAUAAUAACAAUAUUACCGAUAGUACAUGUACGUGUGUUUCUCGUUUUUGAGUGCUUAUGAUGGUAUUUUGCUCUGCUCCUAUUAUCAUACUAGAAAAUGGCUCAGCUAUUUG